AUGGAAGACCAGGAGCUGCCAUAUGUGCUAAUUGAUUGUAUAGAAGGGAAACAUGGAGUAUAUAAGGACCACCUUGGAUUUCUGAAGAAACGUUUUUGCCUUAUCACCAUGAAAGAGUAUCUUGAAAACAAGGAGAUUCUUAGCAAAAAGAUCAGAGCUAUUUAUAUGUGGUAUCACAAGCCCGUUAUUGACGAAGAGCUGCUCCGGAGCCUGCCUAACUUGAAGAUAGUUUCAAGCUCUGGAGUAGGAAUAGAUCACUUGGACCUGAAGCUCCUGUCCAGGUUUGGUGUGAAAGUGUCCAACACUCCAUUUGCUGUUUCCACGGACACUGCAGACUUCGGGAUGGCUUUGAUGCUGGCAUCUGCCCGGAGACUUGUGGAAGGCUAUCAGAUGGCAGUUUCCCCUGACACUGAGUAUUUCCCUGGUAACUGGCUGGGAGUUAAAGUUUCUGGGGCAACUCUAGGGAUUGUUGGAAUGGGCACCAUUGGCUACAAAGUGGCUCAGAGGGCCAAAGCCUUUGAAAUGAAGAUACUGUACCACAACAGGAACCAGAGAAACAAGGAAGAAGAGAGUGCUGUUGGAGCUGUUUACUGUAAAAAGAUAGAUGACUUGCUCCAGCAGUCAGAUUUUGUGAUGCUGGCUGUGAAUCUGACUCCACAGACGCACAAACUGAUCGGGAAGAGGGAACUGGAGCUGAUGAAACCCACAGCUACUCUCGUUAACAUCAGCAGAGGUCUGGUUGUGGAUCAGGAUGCUCUGAUGGAAGCCCUUCAAAACAAAGUUAUUAGGGCAGCUGCUCUGGAUGUGACAUAUCCUGAACCUUUGCCAAGGGAUCAUCCUUUGUUAAAGAUGAAGAACGUUAUAAUAACUCCUCACAUUGGAAGUGCCACUGAAGACACUCGCCGCAUUAUGAUGCAGGACAUGGCUGAGAGCAUAGAAGCUGCUCUUGCAGGUCUUCCUGUCCCUAACGAAGUGGUACUGUGA